AGUCUAGCCAGCUGUCAGGCUGUAGAACUGUUGUGACACUUGUGUUUUCUGUCAGUAUUUAGUUGUUAGAGGGUCUAAAUACAGGACCUGUUCUUCAGAAUGCCCAAAGGAGGUAGGAAAGGUAGCUACAAGGGUCGUGUGCGGACGUACACCAGCCCCGAGGAGAUAGACGCCCAGAUGAAGGCAGAGAAGGAGAGGAAACAGCAAGAGCAAGAAGCAGAAGAGGCGGGGGGUGCAGCUCAGAAUGACAUGGCAGAGGAGAAGCUGCCGGGAUCAGGAUCAGAAGACAGCGACGAUGAAAACUCAGAUAGGAGGAGAGCGGGUGUGGAGGGCUUGAUAGAAAUCGAGAACCCCAACAGAGUGGCUCAGAAGUCCAAGAAGGUGACGCAGAUUGAACUGGACGAGCCCAAGCAGUUAUCAAGGAGAGAGAGAGAGGAAAUAGAGAAGCAGAAAGCGAAAGAGCGCUACAUGAAGAUGCACUUGGCAGGGAAGACAGACCAGGCCAAAGCUGACCUCGCUCGCCUCGCCAUUAUCAAGAAACAGAGAGAAGAUGCUGCAAGAAAGAAAGAAGAAGAGAAAAAAGCAAAAGACGCAGCAGCAGCAGCGAGAGGAAUAAGCUCCCUCUCAAUGAAAUGAUGCAGAGAAUUUAUUAGAGGAGUUUUUACAUGUUUACGGACUGGGGCAAUAUAUAUUUGACUAUUUUUAAAGGAAGAGCUAUGGUCUUGACAUUUCUGUUACAUGUGACCGUUUGGAAAAUGGUUGUGGAGACACCAGUGGAGAGGGGUUGUGUAUAUUUUGGCAUGGAUUAAUGGCCUUGUUGAUCCCUUCAGGAGGUAAAGCUACAGUUGAGAAUACAUCGGUCUUCACAUGCACUUGGAAUGAACCCCCUUCUAACCUAUGAUCUUGUACAUGAUAUUAAUAAUGUCAUUGUCAUUGUACAAUUCUGACUUUGCUAACUGAGCUUUGCCACUCUGUUAUUUGGGGGAUCUUACAUUGUAUAUAGCUGACUUGUGAAAAUAUUUCACAUUAUUAUAAUGGAAACAGUAAAAUGUGCACAUUUCUUUAUUUGCUUUAUUUCACUGUGAGGAAACUGUCACAACUGAUUUAGAGCAGGCUUUACCAACCUCAGGGGCAAGAGUCCAUGUGGGAUCCACUGAUGUGAAAAUGAGUGAAGGUUUGGCAGCAUAACUGAACACAUAAAUCAGUUAAUAGUUAAUAUAUUAGAUUCAAAAAAGGAUGGUGGCCUUGACAUCAUAGUUGAUAUGAUGUUGAAAAACUAACAAAUGAAGGAAUACUGGAGUGAAAUACGUAUGUUUACAUAAAGAUGAUGAUGAAUUUAUCAAGUGCCUGGCAGGAAUAAAGGGUAGGAUUUAGUCUCAGGGCCAGUGUGUAUGAAGUCUCAGAGUAAAGUCUUGGUCUUAAGUGAAGCAAAAUUCUAAGAAUGCCUUAAUAUUGCUCUUGUGUGAUGAAAGAUAGGUGUGUCCCACCCAGGCUCCCAAUAAAACAUGACCAAGUUCAUGACUUAGAUGGAUUCAAAAUGAAUACAAGCAAAUGUUCACGUUAGACAUAUUUUUCCUAAUGUUCACAUAAACCACAUCUACUAUAUAUCAAUUAUGAAAUGUGCAAUAUGUAUAUCGGCUCAACUGUGAAAGACAAGAAUUCCGGUGAGUUUGACAACAAUGGAUAACAAAACAAAUGACAAAUAAAAAUAAAAUUGCAAGAAUAUAUAUUUAAUUCACACACAAACAUUAAUCCUCAAGAGAUUCUUCUCACUUAUA